UCCAGUUUGGGGUCGAAGCGAAGUGUUGCAGCCGCCUCGAUGUCAGGAAAGUUCCCGGAGGAAAUCGGCUCAGGCUCCUCUCCGGGAUCGGCAAGGCGUUCUCUUUGCUGGGAGGUGAGACCAAAGCACUACCAUGAAAGAUGAAGAUCUACUUUUCCCUCUCACAGAUAUGUAACUAAAGUUUGGUCCACUGCCAUGGAUAGUGACGUGCCCUUAACUACUAAAAUGCCUUGAAGCCUGUUCAUCUCUCCGUGUGCAGUCCUGCUGAAACGAUGGUUUUUUCUGCGAUGCUGCGGUCGGCUCAUUCGGGGACGUUAAACGCAACUUUUAUUGUCUUUGAAAAUGCCUACGCAAAUAUUACUACUCCUUUUUUCUUGGUCCGUAGUGGCACGACACAGCCACUGAAAUACCUUCUGGGUGCCAUGGUUACCACUGAGGUAACUACUUUGACAGUCAACAGUGCACCUGCCCCCACAGUACAACCACCAGACUUCAAGAGCUUGAGCCUGCCACUUCAGAUCAUUCUUUCUGCUGCCAUGAUAUUUAUACUCUUGCUUUCCUUCCUUGGUAACUUUGUUGUCUGCCUCAUGGUCUAUCAGAAGACUGCAAUGCGAUCUGCUAUUAACAUUCUCCUGGCAAGCUUAGCUUUUGCAGACAUGCUGCUUGCUGUGCUGAACAUGCCUUUUGCUCUGAUAACCAUCAUCACCACUCAGUGGGUUUUUGGGGAUGUUUUCUGCAGAGUCUCUGCCAUGUUUUUCUGGCUGUUUGUGAUAGAAGGAGUAGCCAUUCUGCUCAUUAUUAGCAUCGACAGGUUUCUUAUAAUAGUUCAGAGGCAGGAUAAGCUGAAUCCAUACCGAGCAAAGUUCCUCAUUGCUGUCUCAUGGGCUGCAGCCUUUGUAGUGGCUUUCCCACUGUCCGUGGGAAACCCCAGCCUUCAGAUACCUUCUAAGGCUCCCCAGUGUGUUUUUGGCUACACCACAAACCCCGGCUAUCGUGCCUAUGUGAUAUUUGUAGUACUGAUUUCCUUCUUCAUUCCAUUCCUGGUGAUGUUGUAUUCUUUUAUGGGCAUCCUCAACACUCUACGGCACAAUGCAGUCCGUAUCCAUAGCCACCCGGAUAGCAUAUGCCUCAGUCAAGCCAGCAAACUUGGCCUCAUGAGCCUCCAGAGACCCUUUCAGAUGAACAUUGAUAUGAGCUUUAAAACUCGUGCCUUCACUACCAUAUUGAUUUUGUUUGUUGUCUUCAUAAUCUGCUGGGCACCCUUCACCACCUACAGCCUUAUUGCCACAUUCAACAGCCACUUUUAUCACAAGCACAACUUUUUUGAGAUAAGCACUUGGCUCCUUUGGCUCUGCUACCUCAAAUCUGCCCUAAACCCACUGAUUUACUACUGGAGGAUUAAGAAGUUCCAUGAUGCAUGCAUGGAUUUGAUGCCCAAGUACUUUAAAUUUUUGCCACAGCUACCUGGCCACACCAGAAGACGCAUACGGCCAAGUGCCAUUUAUGUGUGUGGGGAGCACCGGUCUGUAGUAUAGAAC